GUCGUAUGAGAGAGAGAAAUGAGAGAAUUCCUGAUCCUGGCAAAUGGUUUGGCUACGUUGUUGUAAAAGACCCACCUCUCUAUAAUAAAGAGGGUAGAAAGGAGCCACAUAGAGUCGGCAAUUUUAUGGA